AUGACUCCUAAUAGGAAGCGACAGCCGCGUGUGACAUUCGAUGCGGGUCUGAAACGUGCCUUGAUCCACCAACGGAAGACAGUAGCUGAACAUCAAGCGACACGCCUCAAGAUUGAGGAGGCCAACAAAGCCUGGGACCUUGCGCACCCAAGUGUCAAGAAGUUCAAGCUCAAUCACGAUACCAUCACCGACCAGUCCCAGUCCGAUCUUUUCCAACUCCUUCCCGCGGAGAUCCGGAAUCGGAUCCUGAUGUACGCCUGCAGAGACACCACCUUGACCUGGACUCGGCGAUCUGGUCGAAUGGUUGAGGAGAAGCGGACUACCGAUCCCUGGAAGCUGAAACGCUAUGUAUUCGCUUCGGAACGGAAGAAGGAAAAGUUCAAGGAGGCCUUGAUCGAGAGGCUCACAACCUGGAAAGUGAACGGCAAACCAUCUGCUCCUGGACUGAUGCUAGCUUGUAAGCAGAUGUAUGAAGAAGCAAGCAAGGUCUUUCCCUUCAACGCUCGGCUUGACUUCGAUACGAAGCGCACAUUUCAGGCUUGGCUUGACAAGACUGGAAAGGGGAGGUUGCUGCUGCAUCGCCGGGUGUACGUUGGUGGUGUACGCCAGUCAUUUCUUGGUCUGUGCGAGGAGAGGGAGAGGCUUGRCCGGAUGAAGUACGGGUGGCGGGGCCGUCCCAAAGAGUUCGGCGUUACUCAAACCGAAGAUGCUCAAGCUGAAACACUGAAGCUGGAGAUGCUGGAACAACAGAAGCUGGAGCGGAAGAGGCGGCGGUUGAAGAUGAGGAUGCUUCAGUGGGAACCCUGA